GAUAGAAUUGGAAAUCAGCUGAGUGUCAAUUACCUUUUGUUGCAAACUAUGUUUUUAUUUCAUUUAAUUAACGCGCUUAAAAUAAUAGAAUGGCGCGCACAACCGACUUUACGGAUCUUAAUUUUCAAUGCCUCCUGUUGAUAUUCAAGUUGCUGCAUAACUUAGAGGAUCAAGUCAGUUUAGCACUUUGCUGUCGCAGAUUUCGCGAUGCAUUCGCCUACCUGCACCGCCAACGAUUCGAGGAAAUAGUGGAUAGCGACAUAAAGCUUCGUAAUUUAGACAAUUGGCGUGCCUUUUUGUGGAUGUGCGGUGCCAAUGUCAAAAGGUUAACUUGCUAUCGUGACGACGAUCAUCCGCUGCAAAUAUUAUCUUUGGUGUCAAAAUUUUGCGUCCGCUUAGAGAGUAUUACGCUCCGUAAUGUUACGGUGGUCAGAGCACAGCCGUAUUUGUUGAAAUUAACAACAUUGAAGAAGGUUUACGUACGUAACUAUAAAAGCACCAGCAUAGAUCUAAUUAAAUGCAUGAAGCUGAAGCUGCCCCACAUACAAUAUCUUGGAUUGGAAUGUUUUGAGCGCCGGGAAUUGCAAGAGUUACGUCACUUCAUCAAUUUGAAGGAGCUUCAAAUGUACGACGAGGUAACCGCGUCCGAUUUCAUUGCCAUCACCAAAUCCAUGGGAAAUUUGCGCACACUCCAACUGCGAAAUGCCAAGAAAUUUUUGACUACAAGUUCGCUUAAGCAACUGGCCAUCAAUUGUCGACAGCUAGUUAAGUUCAGCUUUCAGGAUAGCGAUGCAGAUCUGACAGCCUUGUCCAUGUUCCCCAAUUUACAAUUUCUUCAACUUUAUUGUCCAGAUAAUCAGAAAACUCGCUUGUUGAAAACAUUAGCCAAGUGCGCUACUAAUUUGGAAUUUUUGAUUUUGCAACGUAAGCAAUGGAUCGACGAGGAGCAGGCGCAACGCAUUGGCUCAAUAAAAACACUCAAAUGGCUUGUGUGCAAGCCUCGUAAUGAUCGUUGCGUGGCCCAUAUGGCGAAUCUUACUCAAUUGGAGUGCCUCUCAUUGCAAUGCGCCCGAGAUAUUGGCGAAUCGGAGCUUUUGAAUCUAAUCCGCAAUAACGAACAGUUGCGAUACCUGAACAUCUGCUAUUGUCUGGGCAUAACAGAUGGCUUCAUUGUGGACUUGCUCAGCAUCUUGGCUAAGCGACGAACGCAACAGCCGUUGGUUCUUUAUGCGGCAGCAACAGAUAUUAGGCAUGAUAUCAUUGAGAGACUACCAACCGAUUUUGCCACUAAAUUGCUUAUCUUAUACUUUGAAUGUAGUCAAGGGAUGCAUUCCAAUGAACAUUGUUACAGCGACGAACCAGAAUUCGUCGCGUAAUUUCG